UACAUACAUAUUUCAGUACAAAUUCUUUUGGCACCCCCCUAUAAGCACAGAUCAAUUGCAACCAAACAUUCUAUCUAACCUUGUUUAAAAUAUCUUAGUUCUACUGAUGAAACUUACCCUCCAUGGCUAUUCAUCAGAAAUUGCAAGUCUUUCUUGUUUUUCAUAUUUAUUUUCACUAUCUCAUCAUAGCUCAGCCUGAUUUACUAUUCUCCGAUUGUGGUCUCAAUGGUAACUACACUCAAAAUAGUGCAUACCAGAGCAAUCUUAACACACUCCUUUCCUCCCUUUCUUCAAAUAUUGAUGAAUAUGGUUUCUACAACGCUUCCGUUGGUCGAAACACCGACAUAGUCAGUGCUAUUGUGCUCUGUAGAGGAGAUGUGGAACUACAAGAAUGUCGCAAUUGUGUCAAUAACACUGCUCAAAAGCUUGUACGGUCAUGUCCAGAACAGAAAGAAGCUUUUGGUGGCUAUGAUGACUGUAUGUUACAGUACACUUCUCGAUCAAUCAUUGGCACCUCGUCGAAUAAACCUCUGCUCUACAUGUGGGAUUCUGGAAAUGCCUCAAAACCCGAAGAGUUUAACAGGGAGCUCAAGAAAUUAGUGGAUAGCUUACGAGGCGAAGCUGUAAAUGGUGAUCCCCUUCGUAAAUAUGCCACUGGUAGUGCAACGGAUCCAAAUGAUCAGACUAUAUAUGCACUCGUGCAAUGUACUCCUGAUUUGUCUCCUCAGGAUUGCUCUGAUUGCUUAACGAAAGCUUAUGGAGCUAUGGCUACUUGUCGCUGUAAUGGCUAUAGAGGCAGUAGACAAAUAGGGCCUAGGUGCAACUUCCGUUAUCAGAGUUAUCGCUUCUUCAAACAGGUGGCGGUCGAAUCUCAUUCUCCACCACCAGGUGAAUUCUAUAUAUUGACUUUUCUGUAAAGAAGAGGAUUAAUUGGCCUUAUACAACUUUAGCUGAUAUUUAAUACUAGAAUUUAUUACUCACUAAUUAGAUUGAUG